AUGGUAUCGGCAUAUCGGCUGCGCACUGUCAUGGAUGAGCACAGUCCGGAGCCAAUCGUGAAGAGGGAGGGCGACGACAGGUUUCGUGGCAUCAUCAAGGUGCAGCUGGUCGGCGCAGCGAUUGGAUGGGCGUUGCUCUUCUGGGUGCUCUGGGAGAUGAAGGGCGCGCCCACCGAGCUGCGAACUUUCGACCCCUACGAUAUCCUGGGGGUCCAGCGUGGAGCAGAGCUGCGAGAGAUCAAGAAGGCCUACCACACGAAGUCUCUGCAGCAUCAUCCAGACAAGGACAAAGACAAUCCCUUGGCGCCGGUUCUCUUCCAGCAGGUCUCAAAGGCAUAUGCAGCCCUUACAGAUGAUGCUGCGCGGAAGAACUACGAGAAGAGAUCGCAGCUGAAACUUACGGACAGGCCCUUCUUAGCACCACUGGUCUCAACACUUGUUCCGCUGGGGGUGAAGAGGAACUCGCAGAAGCCGAUUGUCGGCGACCGGAUGUUGGUCACAGACCUUGAACAGCUCGUGGUCGUGAUGACCGGCACAGGCACACCAGUUGCAGACCCUGAUCGUGCAGCACAGGGGAUAUCAGUCUUUGCAGGCGGAGAGUAUUUGCUCUUCGAUACAGGCCCGGGCGUGGCGGAGAACAUGGCUGCUCAGGGCAUGCCGAGGGGUGCUCUGACCCAUGUCUUCUUCACCCACUACCACUCCGACCACAUCGGCGAUUUCGGCGAAGUGAUGACCACAUCCUGGGUUUUUGGAAGGACUCAAACCUUGCAAACCCAUGGACCGGAAGGUCUGAAAAGGGUCGUGGGUGGAUUUGCUCAGGCCUACGGUCCUGACAUGGUCUACCGUCGAGCACACCACACUGCAGCGGUGAUGCCCACCGAUAAUUGGAUGCCGAGCAUGAACGAGUUCACCUUACCGGAUGCUGAGAUGAACAUGACAGCAUCUGAUCCUGCACCUUUCUUUAAUGUGUACUCGAAAGGGGACUUGAAGGUGCAGGCCUUUCGUGCACAUCAUGAGCCGGUCGUUCCAGCAGUGGGCUACAAGGUGUCAUACAAAGGCCGCUCGGUGGUUAUUGGAGGUGACUCCGUCAUGACCAGAGGACACAAGGAUGCUUGCCGGGAUGUGGAUGUUUGUAUUCUGGAUGCGAUCCACCACAAAGUCAUUGAAGUGACAGCGGAGACAUUUAAAAACAUGGACCUGUCAGAGGACCAAGGAGCUUCUCAAUACACUCGCGUCUCGAAGAUGCUUCUGGACACUAUCGACUACCACUCGGCACCCUGGGACCUUGUCGAGUUGGCAAAGGAAUCGAGGCCCUCUCUGGUAAUCCCCAUACACAUGGUACCUUCACCCACCAAUCCACUCAUGAAGCGGCUGUUGACCACCUACUACCGGGAACCGAUCGAGCGGGUGUCAGGCAAGCGGAACACUGAAAUCAAGUUCGGUGAAGAUGGCAUGGCAUUCAUUUUGCCGGCAAACAGUCAAGAGAUCCAGGAAAAGCGAUAUUGUUGCUCCAGGAUCCAGUUUCUCAUGCAGAGGUACGGGAAUCCAGAUGGGCCCGUGCAGAUGAAGGCAAGUCAGAGAACCUGGAGCCAGAAGUCCCUUUGCCCAGACUUCGUCGUUGGACCUGUCGCGAUCGACUUCGGAGCAGUCGUCACUUCCACGAUUUGGAAUGAGGACGACGUGCUCUUCAAAGCGCCAGGUGCGGACGAGGAGUUCUUUGCGAAGUACGGCUGCGAAGUUCCAGCGCUGUCUGGCGCAGUCUGUAGGGACGUGAGCUUCCACACAGAGGAUCUUCAGCGACCGCUUGCCUUGGCCAUGGGCGCCACGGGCUUCGACUACGACCUGAUGGGCGCUUGGGCGCUUUGGUGGCUUCUCUUGACGUUGGUGGCCUGGGUUGGGGUCACCAUACACGACUUGGCCCUGAUUGGCCAAUCCCAGAAGGACUUCGUCCUUGAUGUCAGUGGUGUCAACAAGCACUGCCCUUGCAUCCGAAGCGUUUGGAAGUUUCUAGCUGGCUACAGGCCACUGGUGCGCUUGGCAAAUUCCGAGCGCUUCGGAACACGUUCUCUCGGCAUCGUGCUUGCGGUGCUGCUGGCUCCAGUUCUGUUGGCCUGGAAUUUGGUGGUGCUGCUUUUCAUCAUCUGCCCGUUGAUCCUUUUUGCUUUCAUGCGAUAUCCAAUCCGAAUGAGUCGUGCAUGGGUCUUCAUCAUCUCGGUAGCCUGCGUUCUCUAUGGAUCGGCGCUCACAAUGCAGCAGCUGGCCUUCGUGGCUCGCACCGAUCUGCGUCCGAGAUAUGCACUGACCUGGGAAGCCCAGGGCUUUCAAAGCGCAUCUUUGCAGACCAGCCUCUGCACAUGUGGCUGCGAUUAUUCAAUGUCCCUGAAUGUAUCUGUGAACCUGGCGGUGAUUGGCUUGGUCACAACAGUGAAAAGUGCCUUCCUGGCGUUCCGUUGCUUGAAGGGCUUGCGCAGGUCGCAGUGGGCGAACCUGCUCUCCGUCACCUUCCCGGUACCCCUUACUGUCUACACCGUGGACUGGCAGCAGGCCGAUGGCCAGCCCAUCCGAUUUCGCACCAAGGAAAUGCCGGUUCAGGGAGAGGUGGCCUUUGAUCCCUUCGCCAUGAUGGACGAGCAGCCGGACAGCGCCUACACGACGGUCCACCUGCGACCGGAGCGUGUGCAUCGCUUCGAGAAGUCGGAGCACGGCGAGCUUCGCGUGCUGCAGCCCUCCAGGCGAUUGGAGAUGCCAGGAAUGCCCGUGCCAUCGAAGCUGGAGCCAGCACAGUUCAAAGCUGUGAUUGAGGCAGAAUACAUUGGCUGCUGCGGCUUUCCAUGGCCUACGGGUGGUAAGAAGUUUGUCUACGAUGAGGAUUUUCUUGACACGCUGGAGCGUGGCACCGCGGUCCCACACGUAGAAGGGCUCACUCCUGCGAAAGACUUGGCUGAGGAGGAGGAAUCCGAUAUGGACUAG